AUGGAGGGCGUGCACCACGCCCACGUCGACGGCGACGCCGAGGCCCUCGCCGUGGGCGUCCUCGAGUCCGCCGUGCGUUUGGCCGAGGCCCGCUGCGCCGGCGGCGGCGGCGCGGCGCUCGUCCCGGCCCUGCGCAAGUUCGCGCUGCGCCUCGGCGACGCGGCCGCGCGCGCCGAGGCCGCGCAACGCGGCGGCGGCCCGCGCGGCCCGCGCAAGUCCGGCGUGCCCGGCAUGGACGCCGUCGAGCAGGCGACGGCCGCCGCGGCGGCGGCGGCGAGCGCGCUCCUCGACGAGUCGCCGGAGCUGCGCAAGGCCCUGCGCAAGCGCCGGCGCUUCGUCGCGCGGUGGACCGGCGCGUGGCGGCGGCACCGCGCGGCCGUCGAGGUCGUCAUGGGCCUCGCGACGGUCGGCAAGCUCGCGUCGCUGACGGCGUCCUACUACCCGGACGGCACGGCGGCGACGUGGUACCUGCGGCGCGUCGACUGGGGCGCGAACGCCGUCUUCUCGCUCGAGAUCGUCGCGCGGCUCGUCCUGCGGAACACGGCCGCGGACCGCGUCUGGUGCCUCGUGGUCUGCCCCUGGGCCGCGGCGUACUGGGGGCUGUUGUACGCCGAGGCGCGCGUGACGGGCCACGGCGUGAGCGUCGACCGCGACGAGACGACGAAGACGGCGACGCUGCUCCUCGACACGUUCACGGGGCUGUCGGUGUUCCGGCUCCGGGUCAUGCAGAAGCAGAUCGUGCCCAUCGCGCGCGCGCUGCCGGUCAUCCUCUACCCGGGCCUCGUGCUCGCGCUGGGUCUCUGGCUCUGGUCCGCGAUCGGCUUCAUCGCGUUCGAGCGCGACCACCCCGCGUAUUUCGGCACGUUCGCGGAGAGCUUCUUCACCAUGUGGUCCUUCCUCACGGACAGCGCGGGCGGCGAGAUGGCGAAGCGGCUCACGCACACCUGCGAGGGCAUCCCCUGGGGCUACAGCGCGUCGUCGGGCGACGACGAGUACGCGGUCCGCUACGAGACGACGAUCCACUCGUUCUCCGAGGGCGAGGACACGGACGAUCUCGUCGACUGCGCGCCGCUCUGGCUCGAGAUGGCCUUCUUCUAUAGCUUCGAGGUCGUCAUGACCUUCCUCGUGCUCAACGUGCUCCUCGGCGUCGUCGUCGACGCCGUCGCGACCGCGCGCGCGGACAUCGUCGACGCCGAGUACGUCGGCGACGAAGACGGCGACACCGCGGCGGGCGCCGACGGCCGGGCCCGGCGGCCCGCGGCGAACGGCGGCCACCGCCGGCAGACGGGGCGCAAGAAGGCGUCGGACGCGCGCCGCGCGUCCGCGCGCGCCGCGGAGCCGGCCGGUGACGCCGAGGACGCCAAGGUCGCCGACGACGGCAAGGACGCGGCGCGCGUCGCGCCGGCGGAGUACACGCCCGUGACGCCCCUGGAGCCCGCGGAGCCCGAGCCGAAGCCCGAGCCCGACCGCGCGCGGCGGUCCGCGGCCCAGCCCGUGCCCAAGGGCCAGCGCGUCACCGUGGACCCGGGCGUCAACGCGGGCCGCCGCGAGACGACGCACGCGCCCCUCGACGCCGCCUUCUACUAA